AAAGACUCAUACAAUAUUCGAUCUCGAUUUGUACUUAUUUCGGUACUUAGAAUAGUAACUAAUGCAAAUGUGUCAUCUGUUUAUUCGUAGACUACACUUCUUAGUAAGUUGACGGCAGUUCACGACUUGUGUUGAUAUUCCAGUGUCUCCGUUGAGUUGGUUACUGCUUGAGGUCGGCAGUAACCAGUCUUACAUGCAGAUUAGUAUAGGCCAUAGUCCGUGAUGUGAUGCCCGUGUAUAAGAAGGACUUUCUGUGGUGUUUGCUCUCUUUUUCUGCCCUGCCUUUUGCGAUGUUUAAUAGUUAAACAAACCAAGAGGGCGGUUGUUUGCUGUUACAACAGGGCAUAAGUUUGUGCUCUUAACGCUGCUGUGGUGUGAGAGGUUGAGGAGGUGUGACACAGAAAGUGGCUGUUGCUGCGGCUGCGCUGCCUGAUGGUUGUUAUUCCAAGGCCCCGCGGCGGACAACAGAACGGUGUCCGGUUGCAGUAGAAGCUAGAGGUGGGAGUGAAGAGAUGGGGAGGGGGUAAGGAGAGCAAGGCGGUGCGCGCAAGGGCGAUUGGUGGUGCGCAGGGUCACAACAACUGGAGGAGGAGGAGAAAGAAGGCGGAUAGGAAAGCGCUUUGCUGACGGUCACGGGAGGGCACGAUUGACCUAGAAAAAAAUAUUGAAGCGUUUUCUCCUGGGUUUAGAGAAGGGGUGGGCUGCUGUAAAGAGGGUGGAAAACUUUGGAAGACUGUUGCAAGGAGUUGGGGGCUUUAAACCUAUCUGUCGUUUCGCCUUUUUAUAUGGAAGACCGAGGCUUGAAGCUCACCUUAUGAUCUAAUAACCGUUUUCGUAUUCUGAAACUGGCAACUUAGGGGGAUGAAAUUGCGGACAAACGGCAACCGGAACACUUUUCUGGCAUUGCUUUGGAGGCCUUGACGUGGUGGUGGACUGUGUCAUUCCGCAUAAAAAUCAAGGGCGGGCUGCACCUUUCCUUCCAAAGCAGAAAUGUAAUUUCCGAGGGGGUCGUCUCACCAGGAGGUAGUCCUUGCCAUUACGGUAACCUGGGCUUCUAAAAGGUCGUUGGCAUUUAAGCACUUUUAUUUAAAAAAACAACAAUAAAAAAAAACUGGUCGAACUUGUUUGUCUUGGCUGACUGGGAGACACAAGGAAAUUCUUUCUUUAGGGAAGAGCUGUUACAGCUAUACAGCAGUGAGACGAUGUCAGAUUUUUCCCAGAAUUGAUUUUUGAAACUUUCUACUACUUAAGGUCACAGACAGGCUCUUCAUUUGCAUUCAUUAUCUACCCGGUAUCUCCUAUUUCUUUUUCGGGGGUUGUUUUUGCAUGUUAACUGCAGUUUAACGGAUAAAUUUUCCCUUGAUUGGAGAUUAUAUAUGGCGAAUGCCUUUUAGCUGUGAAAAAUAAAAUAUAUGUGUUUAUACAUUGUGGUGACGUGGUAUAGCUGUUAACUUUUUAGGGGUGGGUAGUGGAAGAUAUGGCAAUGGUGACUGGAGGCUGGGGAGACCCAAAUGGGGAUUCCAAUGGAGUGGAGAAGGGCUACCCAAGAAACUCUGAAGAGGAGUCUUCCCCACAGGAUAUGGCCAGUGACCAAGAACAUGGCGAAGAGGAUAAGCAUGGGUUUCAAGUGGACUGUGUUGUCUGUGGGGACAAAUCCAGCGGAAAGCACUACGGAGUCUUCACCUGCGAAGGUUGCAAGAGCUUCUUCAAAAGAAGUGUCAGGAGAAACCUGAGCUACACUUGCAGAUCCAACCGUGAAUGCCAAAUUGACCAGCAUCAUCGAAAUCAGUGCCAGUAUUGCCGUUUGAAAAAAUGCUUCCGUGUUGGAAUGAGGAAAGAAGCUGUUCAGAGAGGUAGAAUUCCUCCAACCCAUCCUUGUGCAAGUCCUAAUGCUGCACCCAGUGGUGAAUAUUUCAAUGGACAACCUCUUUCAGAACUGAUUUCUCAACUUCUGCGGGCUGAACCGUACCCCACCUCACGCUUUGGGUCUCAGUAUGCCCAGCAGAGCAGUGUCAUGGGUAUUGACAAUAUUUGUGAGCUGGCAGCCAGACUUUUAUUCAGCACGGUUGAAUGGGCGAGGAACAUCCCAUUUUUCCCUGAGCUGCCAGUUUCCGAUCAGGUCGCACUGCUUCGGCUGAGUUGGAGUGAAUUGUUUGUCUUGAAUGCUGCUCAGUCGGCACUCCCACUUCACAUGGCGCCACUGUUAGCUGCAGCCGGCUUCCAUUCGUCACCAAUGUCAGCUGACAGAGUUGUAUCAUUUAUGGACCAAAUCCGAAUUUUUCAGGAUCAGGUUGAAAAGCUGAACCGCUUAGCGGUGGACUCUGCUGAAUAUAGCUGUUUGAAAGCAAUUGCUCUCUUUACUCCUGAUGCAUGUGGUCUCACUGAUCCUACUCAUGUGGAGAGCUUACAGGAAAAAGUCCAGGUAGCAUUAACUGAGUACAUCCGUUCCCAGUAUCCUUCCCAACCACAGCGCUUUGGCAGGCUCUUGUUAAGACUGCCAGCACUUCGAGCUGUUCCAGCCUCACUCAUUUCACAACUUUUCUUCAUGAGACUAGUGGGGAAAACUCCCAUUGAAACUCUAAUCAGAGACAUGCUGCUGUCUGGCAGUUCUUUCAACUGGCCCUAUGGAUCAAGUCAGUGAAAAACAAGAUACAAGGAAUGAUUUUGUUGCAGUUCAGUGACUGAGCUGAAUUAACUGGCAGUAAGGUCGCUUCAGUUUGGAAGAACCAGUAUUUGUGAUAUUUCUUCUGAAGCUCAUUCAUGUUGAGGGUAUGGAAUUGGGAUGACCAUCUUGCUGAUGUUUUUAAUAAAGCUGUACUUGGCAGGCAAA